GUUAUUAGUUUGUGGUGAAUAACACGUGUAAAUAUAUCAGCGAUUUUUGUUUUUCAUUUUCAUUUUUUUGCACUCGGAAUUUUAUUUUUAAUUUUAUUUUAAUAAAAUUAUCAUCUUAAAUUUCACUCACAAUAAUGUUUUCCGUGCUGCAUAAAGAGGAAGCCGCUCAUGAAGAUGGUAUAUGGUCGUGUGCUUGGGGUCGUACCCAACCAGAAAAGCCGGCUGAAGAAGAGAAAACUGAAAAGGAUCCCGAAGCAAAUAGAGAAUUUAUUAUUAAAGAAGAUACGCCGGAACCAUUGCCAGUUGAUUUCAUAGUUACCGGCGGAUUAGAUGAUUUAGUAAAGGUAUGGGAUAUACGAGAAGAUAAUACAUUAAAAUUAAGACAUCAACUGAAGGGCCAUUCUUUGGGCGUAGUGUCGGUGGCUGUAAGUUCGGAUGGAAAAACCAUUGCCAGCAGUUCAUUGGACUCCAGCUUAUGUUUCUGGGACUCUCAAAGCGGCCAACAACAGCAUUUAUUAGCUUUUGGCCCUGUCGAUCUGUGGAGUGUUGCAUUUUCGCCUUGCGAUAAAUAUGUGAUAUCAGGCUCUAAUGAGGGCAAGAUAUCCAUGUAUAGCGUGGAGACGGGCAAAGUGGAGCAAGUGUUGGAUGCACAAAAUGGCAAAUUUACCUUGAGCAUAGCAUACAGUCCUGAUGGCAAAUAUAUUGCCAGUGGAGCCAUAGAUGGCAUCAUUACCAUAUUUGAUGUGGCAGCUGGUAAAGUAGCUCAAACACUUGAGGGCCAUGCUAUGCCGGUGCGCAGUUUAUGUUUCUCUCCCAACUCACAAAUGUUGUUGACGGCAUCCGACGAUGGUCAUAUGAAAUUAUAUGAUGUGGUUCACUCUGAUGUCGCUGGUACUUUAUCGGGUCAUGCUUCUUGGGUAUUAAGUGUUUCCUUUUCAGAAGAUGGCAAACAUUUUGCUUCUUCAUCCAGUGACUGUACCGUGAAAAUAUGGGAUUUUGCUGAACGUAAAUGCAUGCACACCUUUAGCGAACAUAGUGAUCAGGCAUGGGGUGUUAAGUAUAGUCCUGGAAAUGAUAAAGUCAUUUCAGUAUCGGAGGACAAAUCACUGAACGUUUAUAAUUGUCCACCAAAUAUUGUCGUAUGAAGGAAAUAAAUUUUUUAAUUUGACAAAAACAACAUAA